UAAAUUUCGUCAUUUCCUUUUCACGGGCAUGAUAAACUGAAAGUUGCUUGGGAUGUCCAGCAUUAAAUUAAAAAUUGCAUUUUUGUCCUAUAAACACUGAGACAGCUUUAACUAAAACUUAAUCGUAGUGAUCUUCACUUGUCUGCCAUUCAUCACCUGUCUGCCAUUCUUAGAGGACACAAGUAAGAUACCAUAAAGAAUGUUUCCCAGAUCCCUAAAAAGACUUCAAGUUGUAUUAAAUCAUGCAAAAAUGUGUUCUGCAGGUAUGGCUAUUGGAAGUCAUAAUGAAGUCAUCCACCAAGUGGUUAAUAAAACUGCCAUGAUUGUUUUAAACAGACCUCAGGCUUUAAACUCUUUAAAUUAUUCCAUGAUCCAAAAAAUACAUCCCCAAAUAAGGGCAUGGGAAACAGAUUCCGAUGUCCAAUUGUUGAUAAUGAAAGGGGCUGGAGAGAAGGCAUUUUGUGCUGGCGGAGAUAUUGUUGCUCUAACGGAGAAUCAUAAAAAGGACGGAAAAUAUGGCUUUACGUUUUUCCCAGAUGAAUACAAACUAGAUUACGCUUUGGGUACCUACAGUAAACCAUAUAUAGCUAUAAUAGAUGGCGUUACAAUGGGUGGGGGUGUAGGAUUAUCUGUUCAUGGUCAAUUUAGAGUAGCGACUGAGCGGACCUUGUUCGCAAUGCCUGAAACAGGUAUAGGUUUAGUACCAGACGUAGGUGGAGGAUAUUUUUUACCACGUCUUGAAGGAAAAUUGGGAAUGUAUUUAGCAUUAACAGGUUAUAGAUUGAAAGGAAGAGAUGUGCAGCUAGCUGGCGUAGCAACACAUUAUAUCCAAUCGAACAAGAUCACAGAAUUGGAAGAAACUUUGGUUGGGCUAGAUCAGCCAUCAAUAAAAAAUGUCAAUGAAAUUUUAGAUAGUUUUCAUAAAGAGAGCACAAGCGAGCAACAUGAUUUUAUAUUGAAAUCUGAAAUUGAUAAAAUAAAUAAAGUAUUUAGUGGGGCAUCGUUGGAACAGAUAUUUGAAAAUUUAGAAAAGGAUGGAUCAGAAUGGGCUUUAAAAGAACUCAACAAACUUAAAAGGAUGUCCCCAACAUCUAUGAAGGUAACUUUUCGACAGAUUACUGAAGGUGGUCACCUGAGUCUUGAAGAUGUCUUUCUUAUGGAGAAUCGAUUGACCCAGCGCUGUAUGGAAGAUCAUGAUUUCUAUGAAGGUGUCCGGGCACUUCUUGUUGAGAAGGAUCAAAAACCCAAAUGGAAACCAGAUACGUUGGAAGGAGUAACACAAGAGAAAGUAGACUGGUAUUUCUCCAAGUUACCCAAUGGUAGAGAGAUGACUUUACCAUAAUGAAAAAUAAACAUAGGUCAACAACAAUUAUGAUAUUGUGAAUAGCAACAUGUUAGCCAGCUAUGACUGAUUAUGCAAAAUUGUGUUAAAUUUUCAACUAAAAGUUCUAAGGGGUGUGCAAAAGUGAUUUUACAUAUUCAAGAGCUGAGAGUGCCAAUGCUUGUUUACUACCAAACAUAUUUGGCCAGUUUCAUUGAAUUAGUUUGAAUUUUAGUGCUGUGCUGCAAAUUGUGUGUAUUCUACCAGUUUUUUUCCAAAAUGUUGACAAAGAGGACAUUGUUCUUAAGACAUUGUAUAUCUCCAAUCAAGAAUAAUGAAUACUGACAAAUCUAUAGAUACAAUCGAAUAAAAUUAUAUGUUAUUUAUGAAAAGACUUUGAGGUUUAUGCAUGCAAUGGAAUAGGGUUGUGUAUUGCUGUUGGUCUGUCCAUCUUCUCAAAUUUCUUGUGAACAUUCCCUAAACUCCAUUUUAAUUAUCAGUGAAUGUACUGAGUAACUGAGUCAGAGGCAUUGUUAUCCAGUCCUUGUUGGCUAUUACAGUAGUGGUAGAUGUUAUACACUGUAAAAUACCAAACACUACUUGGCCAUGGCAGUGACAAUUGAUUUGGCACGUUCACUUGGUAAAAUCCACAUACUAAUAUUCUAAUUUGUCAUUUUGUGUUUAUGGACAUUUAUUUUUGAUUAUGGAGUGUGUGUAAGAUAAGAUGAGCUGUUCUAAAAACGGGGCUGACAAGGAAAGCUGUCUAGUCGUU